AUGAAGCAUAUAAUGAACGUUCUAGAUACAAUCCGUAAAGACUAUGAUAUGCUGCUGGCUUCAUCGUCCCCAAGGCGCCUUGAAAUACUCCAGGAAGUUCUUGGUUUUCAAAAUAUCCACAUUAUGAAACCUAGUUUUGAAGAAAACCUCGAUAAGAAGCUUUAUAAAGAUAACCCAAUUCAGUAUGUGGUUGAUACAUGCAAAGGUAAAAGUACCAGUAUUUUAGAGGACUUGAAAAAGGGAAGAGGGACAGCUAUUUCUCCAAAACCAAAAAUUGUCAUUUGCGCUGACACAGUCGUCAUUGACAAUGAUAACGUAAUAUACGAAAAACCAGGAACUAAGGAAGUGCAGUUUGCUACCCUCAGUAAGUUUUGUGACUCUCCGCACCCACUGCGUGUGGUAACUGCCGUGAAUGUGAUUCUUUGGAUAAACAACGACGAUUACACGGUAUUUCCCUUCCACCAGACUACACGCGUGUUUUUUGAUUCUGAGUUGCCAAAGACAGUGCUAAAGAGCUACGUAGAGAGCGGUGAUGGACUCCAAGUUGCUGGAGGGUUCAAGAUUCAAGGUUUCAGUGCCGUUAUGAUAAAAAUGAUAGAAGGCGACUACUAUAACGUUGUGGGACUUCCUGCAAACGGAACUAUGUCCCAGAUCAUAAAGGCAGUUGCACAGCACUCAAUAAGACGCUGA